AUGACAAAUGAUUCAUCGCAAAUAAUUAUUUCAAUCUUAAUUUGUAUAUUCCUUAGUCUUAUUGCAUUAACAACUGCAACUGGAAAUAUAAUUGUAAUUUUAGCUUUUUAUUAUGAUAAAAAGUUACGAACUGUUAAUGAUUAUUUUAUAAUGAAUAUGGCAAUAGCUGAUUUUUUAGUUGGUUUUUUCUGCAUUCCAUUUUAUAUUCCAUAUAGUAUAAAACAAUCAUGGCCUUUUGGACGCCUUUUUUGUAAAAUUUGGGUAACAGUAGAUGAUGUAUCAACCAUGGCAAGUGUUAUUAAUAUUGCUGUCAUCAGUAUUAAUCGUUAUUGGUCAAUUGCUUAUCCGAUUUCUUAUAGAAAAUAUGUUAGACAAAAUUUUGUUUAUUUAGUUAUGGCAGUUGUUUGGUGUCUUUCAUUUAUUAAUUUUGCUCCUGGUAUUUGGUUAAUAAGUUUAUUUAAUAGAAAAGAAGAAAAUAGAAAAGAUUGUUCAGGUGAUUAUAAUCGAUCAUUUAUUUAUAUGUUAAUUGCACAAUUUAAUUAUUUUAUUUGGCCAUUUAUUGUUUUAUGUAUACUUAAUUUAUUAAUUAUGUUAAAUAUAUGGAAAAGAACAAGAAAAAUGAGCAAUAUUAAAAUAAAUAAUUCAUAUAAAAAGAAGAAGAAUUGUUCAGAUAAAUUCAACAAUUCAAUAAAUGAUCCUUAUCAUGUAAAUCACUGUCAAACAUUGACCAAUGAAAGAAGAUCUUCAUCGAAUUCACCUAAAAUAACAAAAAAUAAAAGAAAUUUUAUUCAAGAAUAUUCACCAAUAACACAAAAAAAAUGUCGAAUUAAUAAAAAACUCCAACGAAAAAAUAAUAAUUCCACAAAAAUUGUUUAUUCAUCUCACUCAAGAAUUUUAUCAAUAAAAUCUUCAAAUAUAAAAAGUGAGACAGCACGAAUUAAUCUAAGCGAUUCAAUAAUUGCAGCAUGCGAUACGGAAAAUGAAAUUCAACUUACUAAAACAAUUAAAAAUCAAACAAAAGAAAUUUGUCGAACAGAUCGGCCAGAUCUAAGAAUAAAACGCGAUCGAAAAGCUGCUCGAUCCUUAUUUAUUCUUGUUAUAGUUUUUUUAAUAUUUCUAUUUCCUUAUGUUAUAUGUGCAAUAAUAACAACAGCGGGUUUUAAAAUAUCUGAGACUACUUUUGAAAUAUCAUUUUGGUUAUUAUGGAUGAAUUCAACGUGUAAUCCAUUUCUUUAUCCAUUUAUUCAAAUUAAAUAUCGCCGAGCUUAUGUCAAAUUAUUUCAAUCUUGUUUUAAACAUAUUCAUUUUAAAUCAUCAAAUUAUUUCUCUUAG